AUAUCGCGACGAAACAUUCUUUUGACUAGUUCAAUCUCGCUCGCUGCUGCGUAUUGUUCGGCUAUACUCGGCUCGGCUCGGCUCGGCUGUAUUCGGCGAAGCUCGUAAUUCCCGAUCGCAUAUAACCGUACGUAAAACUUAUUAGUAUGAAUGGCGCCGAUAGACACCCAAGGCGCUUCCUUCCUUUUCGAAACACAUAAUUACACGGUUCCACGUUGUUUUUGGUGAACACACGGACGCGUUCACAAUCUCGCGCACAAGUAUAUAUUAACCGAUUGGUACGAGUGUUCGUAAAGUGAUCACGAAGUGCCUCAUGAACGCCCUGACGCGGUCCUGUUUCGCCAUGCGCCAUAUGCCGGUCCUGCUGCGAGGCCUCUUACACAACCCAAGUUCUCUUGCGAGCACAUUUUAAACCAUUCGACAUACUUAACCAAAAGUAUAGGCUGCGUCCACACCAAAAAACAGGAAGACGAAACACCGUAUGAUACAGCAAACGUAACAUAACCUCCUUUUAACCUUGUGCUUCUUCGCGUCUUCUUUUCGUUAAUCGCACUCGCUCAAGCGUCUACGCAGCAUCAAAACACGUCCUGACGUCUUUGACAUUGUGAAAUCGAGAUUGAUUCUGUGGAAGGCAACAGAAUGAAGAUGUCAGUUCAAUUUUAAAAUUUCAAUAGUGCCUCCGCGAAGAUCGGAUAAAAGCAUUGGGACUCUUAAUGACGUACGAUGCUGAGCAGGUGCUCUUCUUUGCUGGUUUCUCGAACGGUUUCGGAAAACGUUGUGAACCCGGCUUAAGUCUCGAAGCAUAAGUGUUUGGUUUACGAGGGUGUUGGUGGCUGGGCAUCUGUCGAGGAACACGCGAAAACAUCAGCUGUGCGGCCUGCAAGGCUGGUCGGCUGGAUGGGCUGCUUGGUUGGAUGACUGACUGGUUGACUGGCUGGUAAGGCACACCCUGAAACAACCAAAAGCUUACAGCAGUGUAAAUCCGACACAUGGGAACGCUUGUUCUGUGGUUUUCAGUUCCUAAUGUCGAAUGAUAAUUGCCAGUGAAAUCUAAUACGUGUACUGGGACGUCUUUAAAGGGCCCUACAAGGUCAUCAGCCCUGAGCUUCAGGCCCUGUGAGAACCAUAUGAAAGCUGAUCCAAGAUUGGAUCCAUUGGGGUCUCAUCCUACACACGCCCGUCUACCUUCGUACCUUGAAUAGGGUACACGUGAUGGUACAUACGCAUUCACGGACGCCUGCCAGCGCCCGAGCAUACUUGUAGCACCGAGAGGAGGAAGGAUGUGGUCAAGAAGACGGGCGAAGCAGGUGACGCCGCCGUCGUGCCAAUAUUACGCAAGACACUGUGGGAAAUAACGGCUCCAUAUGUUCCAAAGGUAUUUUCAAAAUUAACUGGAUCUCUUUCGAAAUCUUGUGGACGAUGCUGUUUUACAUUUUGAGUAUGUGCAGCACUGGCUAUACUCUUAUGCUGAGGUUUCGAUUUUUCAAUAAUCCUGAUUUACCGUUCGACGACUAUCUAUUCAAUUUAAUAUUUAUAUGCGUCGCGGCGGCACAUUGGAUUCUGCUCAGUGCUGCUCUACUGUCCGCCAAAAGAAUAGCCGAAUACUUAUCCACGUGGAAUGAAUUUCAGAGACAUUAUCAUUCGGUCACGAGACGCAGGAUACAACUUAAUUUCAAAAAGCGCGCCACAAUUCUACUAAUGGCUACCAUUAUACAUGGCAUUAUUCAUCCGCUAAUACAAGUACUACUAUUGGGCACCUUUACCUUCUCCGAAGCGACGUCCUACGAAUACAUUAUAUUCCUCCAGGGCUACCUGUCCGUAUUCUGGGAGUCACAGUGCAGAUCAAUAAUAAUGACAGCUCGUGGAUUACGUGAAUCUAUGAAAAAGGAACUGACGACCAAUCCUUUGACGAUAAGAGUCGAGCAGUAUCGAAUACUGUGGCAACAUAUCAGUGACGUAAUAAACAAAUUUUCUCGUGCAAGUCAUAUUAUUUUUGGCUGCUACAGCAUGUGUCUCUACACUAUCGUGAUGGUUUCUGGUUAUUGUCUUUUAUCUCACCUGCUCAGCGAACGCGAACAAAUAUUUAGUAACAAGUUGGGCGGCUAUUUGGUCGCCAUUUUAUUCCAUGCGAUGAAUUUAUUCGUACUGUGUUACUGUAGCCAUCAAAUGCGUCGCGAGGUUGUCGAAUUCGUUGUCGAGGAUUUGACGGAAUUAAAGGUCCAUCGAUUAAAAUUUAAUCAGCAAAAGGAAGUGUUCCUCUUUCUCGGUAGUAUCAGCAUGAAUGAUCCAAGGUUGAUUUUACUGGGUAAUCACACAAUUGGAAUGUCCACCAUUAGUAAUUACGUAUCCACGUGGGCGAUGUAUUACCUUGUUUUACUUCAGUUUAAAGUCACUCUUCCCCGUGACAGUUAACUGUUGAAGCUUAAUAAAGGAAAACACUCCACUUAAUACACUGCAAAGAAAUUUAUAUAUUUUCGGU